GCCCCUCCCCAAGCGCGUGGUUAAAUCCCCCCCACCCGGGCUCGGCUCACACCUGCACCCCGCCCUAGCAAGGCACCAUGCCUGCCAGUCGCCUUGUCCCGAGGGCCACCGCCCUCCUCCUGGGGCUGCUCCUGCUGGGCCUGUCCACUACCACAGGCCAAGAAGCUGAGAAAACCGGCGUGUGCCCCGAGCUCCAGGCGCCGCAGGCCGACGGGAACUGCAUCCUGGACUGCCACUCCGACACCGACUGCGCAGACAACCGCAAGUGCUGCCCAGCGGGCUGCAGCGCCCUCUGCUCCAUGCCCAACGAAAAGCCGGGCACCUGUCCCAGUGUGGACUUACCCCAGCUUGGCAUCUGUGAGGACCAGUGUCAGAUGGACAGCCAAUGCCCUGGCUUAAUGAAAUGCUGCCGCAAUGGCUGCGGGAAGGUGUCCUGUGUCACACCCAACUUCUGAGCUUGAGCUGCCAGCAGCCUGAGGAAUGGGGCGGGGACAUUUCUGCUGAACGUUGCAUCUGACUCCAUCCCCGCUGCCCUCCCCGCUCUCUCUGGCAUCUGCAUUUCUUCCUGGAUGAACCACAGCAUCUCCCGUUUUCAGCCAAUAAAGUGUCCGCUUUCAGCA